UAUGCGUUGGGAGUCUCGCGAGAGUUCGAGGGAGACUGAUGACGUAACGUGGCGGGUGGUUUGUAAACAGCAAACAUCUCGAGCGUGAGGAAAGUGGUGAAAAUUUGUGGAUUUUCAUGAGUCUCUCGGACGAUUACCUUUUCUUCAAAGUAGAAAAUGUGCACAUUUCAGAUCUGUAUGACUGGUCGGACCCCAAACAGAAGGGGAAGUACAGCCGACCCAAGCUGAAGCGGCGUGAGAGCGCGCCGUCAGGCUCGCUGGUUCACAUCAACGAGGAGAAGAUCGCUCUGUUCCGACACGGGGAGACGGUGUACGCCAUACAGGAGAGAUGUCCACAUAUGGGUGGACCCCUGCAUCUUGGUGACAUUGAGGAGCUUCCAGACAAGACUCUGUGUGUGCGAUGUCCCUGGCACAGCUGGAGAUUUAGCCUGGACACAGGUCAUGCAGUGCUUCCAAAAAAAGACAAGGUUGCCAUCACGUUUCCUGUGAAGGUGGAUACAGAGGGUAACAUCUCCCUGGGAUUCCUGGAGUUCGCCAGCGACUACUUCUCUGGAAGCGGAGAAUUCUGAGGACAAGAUGAAGGAGAAAAACAGAACACUACGAGACCCAAUCUCAUGUCAAAAUCCAUCACUCUCUCCUGGAAUGAUAGCUGUCACCCUCGGGUGGGCAGCUAAAGGAGAGUUUUUUUCUCAAUAAACCUCCUCCUUAUUAAACCUCAUAGAGAUGCAGGGCUCAAAAUUCAUUUUUGGGAAUAGGUGCACUGGUGCACCCAACCU